GAAUAAUAAAAAAUAGUUUGAAAAGUAAUAGUACUGAAGAAUAAAUGUAAAGGAAUGAUAUUGUCUCAUGGUACAAUAUAAGAAUAAAGUAAACAGUGUAAUAAUAUAAGGAAAUGUUGAAAUGAAUAAUACUCAUCACAGCUUGCAUUAUCAGAAAAAUGCUUAAUAAGGACAGUAUUGCACAUGACAGGUAUAAAUAGCUUACAAUGCAUAAAAUUCCAUGUUGGAUCCACUAGAUCAUAACAGCCUGUAAAGGGGAAGAUUUUUUAGAUGUUUCUUAAAUAUAACAACAUUUGGACUGUUCUUAACACAGGUAGGCAGCCUAUUAUAUAGCUGUAAAGCACAGUUCCUGAAGGCUCUAAAACCAGUGUCAGUGUUAACACCUAGGCUCCAACAGACUGUGCUCUUCUUACACAUGCCUACUUGUGUCUAAUUGAAAUGGUCUUAACAUAUACUCUGGCUUACCAGUCAACAUUGCCUGAAAGGUUAGCACACAAAUUUUGUAUAUAAUCCUGGCCUGAUUCGCUAACCAGUGCAGCUCAAUGAGGAUUGGCACAAUUCUUCCAUAGAGUGAUACAUUCUUUAUCAAUCUGGCAGCCUUAUUCAUGAUUAUUAGCAUCUUUCUUAGUUGGUAUUUAAGGUGAUAUCACACAGGGCAAAUUUCUCCCACAAUGCUGCCCAUUUGUGCUGCCAGCUGGGAAAACUGAACACUAAAUGAUGUCAUGCAGCUCAUUUUGUGCUGUUGGGAAGAAUGGAAAAUGGCUGUGGUGCUGGACUUGUUGAGAGCAAAGAUACUAAAAGGGAAAGAUGGGAGACUCCGAUAUUAGCCUAGUUGGUACCUCAAAAAACUACAAUUCGUGGUAAGGACGCUAGAGGCGCUGGCUGCAGAGUAAGCAGGGCUUGGUCUUGGGCCUGAAAGGAAGACAGUCUCAAUGUUUGCACUGUUCUUCAACCAAAAUUAUAUAAUUUACAAUUAUAUUAACCUAUUGCUAGCUAGAAAUCCUAAAAAAUGUUUUUAGAUAAAAAUUCUUCAUGUUCUUUUAUUAAUACCAACCUUAAAGUAAUGAUUCAUUGGAUAUUGGUUACUGGCGGAAGAUUUGACUUGUGUACCUGUCAACAUACAUACAGGAAACAUGGUUGGAACUCCACACCCUUGUGUAUUAUGCAGAAGAGCCAAGCACACUCAUCCUCAGUGUGUUUUUCACCGUUUUCCGAAGGAAGGAGAGAGGAGCAUCACUUGGCAAAAUGUUGUCAAGUCACCUCACAUUGAGGGUAAAACGGUGGAGCAACUGCAUAGAAGUUACAAAGUCUGCAGCCUUAAUUUUUCACCAAGGAAUUAUGUGAGUGGCCUACCAACCUCAAGAUUAAGGAGUGAUGCUUGCCCAGAUCAAAACCUUGAGAGCAACCAAGGUCCUCCACCUGCUGUGGCUCAGCCUCCUCCACCUGCUGUGGCUGAGGCCCUUCUAGCUGCUGUGGCCCAGCCCCCUCCACCUGCUGUGGCCCAGCCUCCUCCACCUGCUGUGGCCCAGCCUCCUCCACCUGCUGUGGCUCAGCCUCCUCCACCUGCUGUGGCUGAGGCCCUUCCAGCUGCUGUGGCCCAAUCCUCCUCCUCACCUCAGCCAGACAAUAUUGCUGCAGCACCAAAUAAAGACACAAUGCUGACUAUAAAAUCAGGAAAGAUGCCGUGCCUUCACCGUCAAGCCAAGGUACACUGCAGCAGGCUUAAAAUGAAAAACAGUGCAUUACAAAAGGAGAAGCUGGUGGUGCACAGAAUGGACCAGAUUCCUGAGACAAAUAUUAAAGAGGAAGUUGAACCUUCACUCACAGUUCCAGAAAGCUUUGUGGACUUGUGGCAAUAUGAAGGUGAAUCAAGAGAGCAAGCUCAGUUUAUGCAGGAAGUGAAAGAAGAGUUUGAGAUUAAAAUAGAAGAUGAGUUCUUGGCACUGCCUGAUGAGCCAUUCAUCCCUAGCCAGCAGGAACCUUCAGGCAAGCAAGACACCAGUAAGACAAGGAUGUCCACUAGACACUGCAGCUCCACUCACCCUUCUAGUCAAAUCCAUCCUCAAGAUGGGGGCCCUUUGACCGCAACACCAAUAAAAAACAUCAGGAAAGGCUUGGAAGAAAGCAAAAUUGAAGCAGAGUUAGAUAAAACUGUCACAAGCACAGUCCUUGGUAGUGACAGCGAUACCACUCAUAGUAGUAGUGAUGGAUAUGGCUUUAUCAGUGAUAGCAGUGCUUCUAGUGAUAUUCCUGAACAUUUUCACAAGGGAAAGGGGAAAGAACCUCUCAUAAAAAAAGGUCAGUUCUAUGGCAAGGGAGAAAAAAGACAAAUUGCUUCAGACUCACAACCUCCAUCUGUCAGUGCUGCCAAUGUUGCACAGCGCACCACAUCCCCUUUCCCUUCUCGCUCUCAAAGUCCAGAUUCAUCUUCCUCUGGAUCAUCGAUGGACCUAAAACUUGCUAAAACAAUAAGGGUAAAGCGCGUGAAGCAUAUAACACGUGGUAACAGGAAAGAGAAACUACGCCGUGUCACAACUGUCUUACCACCUGCACCACUCCCCACUGCCUCAACUAUUGCGGACCCUGUUAUUGCAACCACCACCACAGAUACACCUGAUCCUACUGCUGCCACAGCUUCUUUAUCAUUGGAACACAAAAAGCAACCAUCCAGCAUUUCCUCAGGUGUUCUUGGAAAGAAAAGGAGUGUGCAAAGUGGACAAGGAAAGAAGCAUAUAAAAAAGGUAACAGGCUCCCUCACCACCACCACCAGCAGCUCUGGCAUCACCACCUCCACCGCUACUCAAGCUACUACAGCCCCGCCUGCCACACAUUCCUGUGAUGUAUUUGUGUGGAAUGAUGGCAGUGAUUUUAUACUAGACAGUCCAGCAUUCGACAUGACGAAUGCAGGGAUACAACCUGCCUUCCCAGUGCAUGCAGGUCACGAUUAUGUGGAAUACUUUGUGGCCUUCUUGGAUGAAAGCAUACUUCAGCAAAUAUGUGAGGAAAGCAACCGUUAUCAUGAAUGGUGCACUACAUCUGACACAGUAUUAUCUGCAAAAACGAUCCAGUGGACCCCGCUUUCUGUGCGUGAGAUGUAUGUUUUCCUGGCCUUGAUGUUGCUCAUGCCUCAUGUGCAAAAGUAUGACCUAGAUGACUAUUGGUCCCACGAGGACAUAAUUUACACUCCAAUCUUUGGAAAAUAUAUGUCAAGGGACCGAUUCAGGGCCAUUUAUAGUUAUCUUCACUUUGCUCAUAAUAUGUACCCCUCUGACACUGACCCGCUAUGGAAAAUCAAAGAGAUGAUGAACAACAUCAAAGAGAAGUUCCGUGCAUUUUUCAAACCAAUGCAAAAAGUGGUACUUGACAAAUCUCUGGUGCUGUUCAGAGGAUGUAUAUCCUUCAAGCAGUACAUUCCCAGCAAGCAACACCACUCUGGAAUAAAAUAUUUUGUACUAUGUGACUGCGAAACAGGAUAUAUUUUGGACUUCAUCAUAUAUUCGGCAAGCGAAGUUGACAUCAAGAAGACUGACCCACUCCUCUUCUCAGGCUCAGUUGUAAAGGUACUACUGGAGAAGUACUUUGGUGAGAAUCAUGUUCUCUAUACGGACAACUAUGACACAUCUCCCAUUCUCACCAAGUACCUGAAAGAGCAUGGGAUGGGCACUGUUGGCACCAUCAGACAAAACAGAAAACACUUGCCUGUGUUUCCUGAGUCUUGUCGAGGAGAAGUGCAGCUCAGAAAGUCUGGGAAGAUGUUGGCUAUGAGAUGGCAUGAUAAAAAGCCCAUCAACAUGCUUACUACUGAGCAUGUGGGGCACUUGGAAGAUUCUGGUAAAACCAACUUAAAAAUGGGCGAGAAGAUAAUGAAGCCUGAUGCAGUCAUUGACGACAAUAUCAACAUGAGGUUGGUUGAUAAGUCUGAUAUGAUGAUUGGAUUCAUCGACUGUCUCAGAAAGGGCUGUAAAUGGUACAAGAAAUCUUUUCUCCACAUCAUCGACAUGUGUUUGCUCAAUGCAUACAUACUGUUCAAGACACAGGUCGGUGAGCAAUCUCCGCCUUCUCUGAGACAGUUCAGUCGGACUGUCAUCACUCAACUGCUUGAGAGGUUUGGCCAGGUGACUGGUCAGGCUCCAAGACGACAUUCAGAUGCACUUCCUGACCGACUUGAAGCACGUGACUAUCUGAAUAGGCACUACAUAGAGUCUCUCCCUCCUACUAGUUCCAGGAAUGUAGGCGUGGGGCGUUGUUAUGUGUGCAGCCAUUCCUCACGUAAGCCAAAAGUAAGGAAACAAACCAGCUACAAGUGUCAUGAGUGUAAAGUGCCUCUCUGCAUUGUGCCUUGCUUCCGGGAGUACCAUACUUUCAAGACAUACUGAUAAAAAUGACAGUGAUAAGAACUGUAAAAUGCAUCAAUUGUAAGAAAUAUGCAAGUGUGAUUUUCUUUUGUUUAGUAUUUUUUAUAUGUGAAACUAGAUGUUUAUUUUCUUGUGCAGAAGUGAUUUUUUUUUCAUAUGAUGUUAUGUGUUUGGUUUCUUGUUUGGAAGUUUUUUUUUCUGUGAAGUUACAUGUUUAGUUUCUCACUUGGAAUUGCUUUUUCCUCCUGUGAAGUUAUGUGUUUAGUUUCUUGUUUGGAUGUAAUAUUUUUCACUGUACUGUUACAUAUUUAGUUUCUUGUUUGGAAUUUUUUUUUUUUCCCAUAGAGGAACUGUAAAAUGAAGUAGGUGUAAGAAAAAUGCAGCAAAGUUACGGGUUUUGUUUCUUGUUGAGGAAGGACUUCUUUUAUUCUAGAAAAGAACUAUCAAAUGUGUCAAACGUAAGAAAAAUGCAAGGGUAAAGUUACAAGUUUAGUUUCCUGUUUUGAUUUCUUAUCAUUCUAACAUACAUGAAGAUUACGCCAUGUCAGAAAUAUACGCCUUGUCAUGACUGCCUUAUUGGCCUCACCAGUCAGCUCUGCCACAAGUGUGGACCCCGCUACAGAGACCACCACCACUGAUAUGCCUGAUCCUAACAUUUUUUUUUUCAUUCUAACAUGCAUGAUGAUGUUAUCUGUAUAUAUUUGUGAUAGGUAUGAUAAAUAAACUCUGGAUGCAGAAAAAUGCAAUGCAAAUGCUAUGUGUCAUAUGGUGGCCAUUCGGUGUGGAGGGAGCAGCCUGGCAAUGCCUGAGCCAGUGUGUACAAUGCAGCGAGAGGCACAACAAUAAGUAUGUAGCGAACCGUAAAAGUUACCCUUUGUAAUCUCAAAAAUAAUAGUAGUGUUGUUUUCUGUU